AUGUGGUUCAUCUGGAAAGAAAGAUGUGAUAGGGUAUUUGAAAAUAAAUCCAAAUCCGCUAGAAGCCUAACAUUAGAAAUUCAGAGACACUUAGAAUUUUGGUCUACAAGGAAAAGAAAAGCUCAUAAGCCGAAGGGGCUGAAAAAGAAGAAGCAAACCCAUAUAUGGAAGGCUCCUACCAAAGAUACCUUAAAGAUAAAUGUAGAUGCAGCUUGGGUUUCAGUUUUGUUACCAUCCAAUUAUGCUUUAAUAUUAAGAAAUGAUGCAAGAAAGUGUGAAGGAGGAAGAGCAGGGAAAUCAGCAGGCUCAUGCCCACAAGAAGCAGAAGCUAUAGGAGUGUUGCAGGCGGCAAUUUGGGCUAAGGAAAAGCAGAUUAGAAGUUUCAGCAUUGAAGGGGACUGUGAAAGCAUUUUCAACUACUUACAUGGUCAUAACCCAGACAUUUCUUGGCGUACUAAAGCAUGUCUCGACGAAGCAAACAGAAUAGCUCAACUCUGUCACAACUUUUUGGGUUUUAAUUUUGUUCCUAGACUAGGAAAUCAAGUUGCAAAUGUUUUAGCCAAAUUUAUAAGACCUUUAAAUUCUGUUGUAGAAUGGGAAUCAUCUCCUCCCCAUGUGGCUUAA